UUGCUCUCUCACGAAACCGUGGACAUCUAUGUUGGCCAGGAAAACACGAAAUGGGUGUUACACGAGAAGCUACUGUGCCACCGCAGCAAGUUCUUCCGUAACAUCUUCUACAACAAGGAAAACAAGAACUCAGGAAAGCUGGGACUGCCAGAUGAAGAAGAUGGUCCUUUCAAGACCUUUGUGGGAUGGCUCUACAGCGGCCACACACCCACUCCUGAAUCAGAGAAGGACUUGACACUUCUGCUGGAUCUGUACUUGAUGGCCGAGAAGUGGGAGAUCCGCGAUCUCACCCUGGAAGUCCUCAAGAGCGUCCGCAACUGGUACAAGUUGUCAGACACCUACCCUGCCCUCCGCCGUGUGCAGUACAUCUACGCCAACACCGACCUCGAAUCUCCCAUGCGCCAGUUGCUCAUCAGCGCUGUUGCCAGAAACCUCGUCACCAGCGAAUCAGGCAUGCCACCUCAAUGGGACAAGGCUCUCAGAAAGAACGGCCAACUUGCUGUGGACAUUAUCAUUGCCAUGCAAAAGUGGAACCUUGAGAAGGAUAGCAUUCCUGACGCAAGACAAGACCCGGUCAAGCCUAUUCUGGAGGACUCUGAGCAAGCCAAAGCUCAGAAGAAGGAUGGUCAACAAGAUGAUGAAGACCAGAGCAACGAGCAGAACGGUGAAGAGAACGACGACGAGAACGACGAGGGAGAGGCUGAAGAAGGUGCCGAAGAUGGUGAGCAAGAGGAGGGCGAUGACAAUGAGGACGGCGAACAAGAGACCGAGGAGCCACAAGAG